AUAUAGAUAGAGCAAACCAUGGUUCUAGUGCAAUAUGUGGCCAAGCACUGCAAAGGCACUCAGGCAACACUUUGAUCACAGUUGACGUCCUGCACCCUAUUUUACAGAGGUGCAGCUGGAAAAUUCAGUGUUAUCUCACUUGUUUUCAUCCCUCUUUCCUAGUCACUCCUACGACGCAAGCCCAUGAUUUACGCUGCUUGAAAUGGGAAGGUGCAAAUGGCGACAGGCCUCUGUCCACAUCGAUUCUCACAUCUCCACUCGACGCCGCAUUGCAGAGCCUCUCAUCCAUCUCGCCUCCGUCUUCGCGCUCGCUACUGGAGAAUGGCGAACAUCACCUCCGCAACGCAAGAUGGCGCGCGGUUCACCAAACCAGCGGAUUGGGCUCUCCACAUGGUCACCGCUUCACUGAAGUUUUCUUGUUCGAACGACGCGCCAGUCUCGUACACCACGCCUGAUGCUGGUCGCCUUGGUGUGCUUAACGUACUCAAUUGGCAUGAGGCUCAUGACGACUACGAAUGGCCUGAUUUCAUCCAGCUUGGUCAUGACUUCACUCAGGCGAUGCGGUUUCGGCGCGGUCUCGUGAAUGAUGUCUUCCUGGCCCUUGAGAAAGCUGGUGUCAUCAAGAUCACUGGUGAGCCUGGUGUACUCGGAACGCCACAGAGCUCCGCGGUUAAGAGAAGAGCUGGCGUGAGCGUUGCCAUACGUAUGUCCGAGCGAAAGCGUCAUUGCAGUCGUGAGAGCUCCAGCAACGAGAUCGCCUCUGAUAAAGAAAUACCAUACUAUGAAACCGAUCGUUUUCUUGCUAAGAGUAUGCGUUGCUUGAUCGAGGCGAUCAUCUUUCUGAAGAAGAUCUUGCAGACACCAUUAAAGACCUUGUGGCCCAGGUCUGGAAUGCUGAGGACGACCCACGAUCCAUGAAGCGUGUUGGGAACAUUGCUUUUUCCAAGAGCGGCAGUGGACAGGCACCUAGAAUAUCGAGCCCCGAGCUCUGAACAAACAACGGCAGAGCCCAGUGUAAACACUUGGAUGCCACGAGCUCCCCCUUUGCUCAUUGAGAGAGCCAUGACAGAGAAAUUAUGGCUGGGGGUAUUAGUUUGACGAUGUCCUAAGGACUGUC